AUGCGGUGGUUUCAACUGAGUACUAGCUCGGAAAGGGACCGGAACAGUGGGAAUAAAUCUCGUGCUAUGGUGUAUCUCAAUGUAUAUGAUCUUACUCCUGUCAAUAAUUAUCUUUACCUAUUUGGCCUCGGAAUCUUUCACUCCGGCAUUGAAGUGCAUGGUAAGGAAUACGGCUUUGGAGCACACGAAUACCCUUCAAGUGGUGUGUUUGAGGUGGAACCUAAAAAUUGCCCUGGCUUCAUCUUCAGACGAUCGCUAUUGUUGGGAAGCACUGAUAUGUCUCUUGCAGAAUUCCGUUCUUUUAUGGAACGUCUCUCUGCAAAAUAUCAUGGAGACACUUACCAUCUGAUUGCCAAAAAUUGCAACCAUUUUACAGAUGAAGUUUGCCAACAACUAACUGGAAAUCCUAUUCCUGGAUGGGUUAAUCGACUUGCUCGUGUAGGUUCUUUUUGCAAUUGUCUACUACCAGAAAAUAUCCAGGUUUCUGCAGUUGGACAUGUCCCUGAACGUCUUUCAUUUCCUGAUGAUGAUAAAUCAGAUUCUGACGACCUUUCUCUGUCCAUUGAGAGUGAAGACGAGGAGGAGCCAAAUCACCGCCUGCUAAAUACACCAAGUGGCGAUGUUGCAUUUUUAAAGGAAAAACCUGUUAGGCUGGCGCGAGAUCACCUAUGA